AUGAUCUUAUCGUGCAUCAACGUCGUUUCCACCAUCCCUGGUCUAUGGGCUGUCGAUAAAAUUGGCCGUCGUCCCCUACUUCUCUGGGGUGCCGUCGGCAUGUGCGCGAGCCAGUUCCUCGUUGCUAUGCUCGGAACCUUGACAACGGGACAGGAUGCCCAGGGCAACAUUAUCGUGUACAACGUCGCCGCGCAAAAGGCCGGUAUCGCCUUCAACUGUCUGUACAUCUUCUUCUUCGCCAGCACCUGGGGGCCCCUUGCGUGGGUCGUCACCGGCGAGAUCUACCCCCUGAAGACGCGAGCCAAGAGCUUGUCGAUGACUACCGCUACAAACUGGCUUAUAAACUGGGCUAUCGCAUACUCGACCCCUUAUCUCGUCAACUACGGCGAGGGCUACGCAAACCUGCAGUCCAAGAUCUUCUUCGUCUGGUUCGGCGCCUGCUUCUUCUGCAUCGCCUUCGUAUACUUCUUCAUUUACGAGACCAAGGGCUACUCGCUCGAGGAAAUCGAUGAGCUGUACGCCGAGGUCAGCAGCGCCCGCAAGAGCGCCGGAUGGGUCCCCAAGAGCACCUUAGCCCAGCGUGAGGCCGGCGGCGUCGUCGAGACUGCCCAGGCUGAGGCCGAGAAGGGGAGUAGCGGCGCAAGUCACCAUGAGGAACCUACUGUAUAG